UUUUUUUUUUUUUUUCUAUUGAUUUUCUCUUCCAUUUUGACCUAGUCUUCAAUCGGCAUCACCUCCCCCCGUUCGAUCUCACCGCGACCGCAGUUAUCUCCCCGUCUGUCGGCCACGCCUUUGGGCCCGCCAUCUCCCCCGACCACCAUGGGUAAAUACAAUCUCACGGCUCUUCGAGUCGGCCGAUCGGCUGUGCAGCAGCAUGUAGCCGGCAAGAUAAACAAAGCUCCCAUCUGGGUGAACACGAUCGCCGAGAUUCCCCCGGCACAGGCUCUGGUGCGGAACCAACCCCAGGAGCAUCAACUCGUCCGACAGCGCGUCAAGACACUUCCGGGGUCGAAGAAGCCGCAGGUCGUCUUUGAGGUCCAAGAGAAGCGCAGGAAGACGAAGAAGCCUAGCCGCAUUUUCCAACCCGCCGCGAUCAGGUACGAGGAGGAUCAGUUGCGCAAGGAGUUCUUCCGCGAUCAUCCUUGGGAAUUAGCCCGACCUCGCAUCCUGGUCGAGACGACCGGUAACGAUCACUCACAUUACGACUGGAGCCGGCUCCAGCAGCCGGGGAAGAAACUGGACGGUGAGAGCGUCGUCCAGCGACAACUCUGGCUCCUGAACAACGUGCCCAACCUCAGCAAGAGCGCCGCCUACGAUAAGGCGCGUCGGGAGUUUUACCGACUGCGACUCCAGGAGGACAUUGAACGACGAGUAGCCGCCGAAGAAGCCCAAGCUACGGGUGCGACCUUCGGACCUUCGAUUCUGGAGAUCGGUAUGGACCUCGAGAACGCACAUUACAAUCGCUGGAAGGAAUGGGCCACCUCUGCCGCCCAGAUGGCCGGUAGUAAAGGAACUGGGGUGAGCGAUGCUCCUGACGCGCAGGGCCCGGAAGAACUGCUCACAGCGGAUGCACCUGUUGUGGAAGAGGGGAUGACUCCGGCGGCCUGAACUGUGAGAGAGAAUGCUGGUCUCUAACUCGGGUGGGGUCAUAGUGAUGCUUCGGUUUCUGUAAAAUCUGCGAUGGCUUAUGUAUAUUACUACAUCUUGAAUAUGAUGUUUUUCCAAU